AUGGUCGAUGGCGACUGUGAGGUGCCCCCCGGUGUUGGGCACAGGGGCGUCAAAGGACGCGGUGACGAGCAUCUCCUGGUUGUGCCCGGGGUUGGCGGAGAGCGAGUAGGUGAUGGCGGCCGUGCACGGCAGCACGUGGUGGAGCAGCAUGGCACGUGGUGGAGCAGCAUGGCACGUGGUGGAGCAGCAUGGCACGUGGUGGAGCAGCAUGGCACGUGGUGGAGCAGCAUGGCACGUGGUGGAGCAGCAUGGCACGUGGUGGAGCAGCAUGGCACGUGGUGGAGCAGCAUGGCACGUGGUGGUGCAGCAUGGCACAUGGUGGUGCAGCAUGGCACGUGGUGGUGCAGCAUGGCACGUGGUGGUGCAGCAUGGCACGUGGUGGUGCAGCAUGGCACGUGGUGGAGCAGCAUGGCACGUGGUGGUGCAGCAUGGCACGUGGUGGAGCAGCAUGGCACGUGGUGGAGCAGCAUGGCACGUGGUGGUGCAGCAUGGCACGUGGUGGUGCAGCAUGGCACGUGGUGGUGCAGCAUGGCACGUGGUGGAGCAGCAUGGCACGUGGUGGAGCAGCAUGGCACGUGGUGGAGCAGCAUGGCACGUGGUGGAGCAGCAUGGCACGUGGUGGAGCAGCAUGGCACGUGGUGGAGCAGCAUGGCACGUGGUGGUGCAGCAUGGCACGUGGUGGAGCAGCAUGGCACGUGGUGGAGCAGCAUGGCACGUGGUGGAGCAGCAUGGCACGUGGUGGUGCAGCAUGGCACGUGGUGGUGCAGCAUGGCACGUGGUGGUGCAGCAUGGCACGUGGUGGAGCAGCAUGGCACGUGGUGGUGCAGCAUGGCACGUGGUGGAGCAGCAUGGCACGUGGUGGUGCAGCAUGGCACGUGGUGGUGCAGCAUGGCACGUGGUGGAGCAGCAUGGCACGUGGUGGUGCAGCAUGGCACGUGGUGGUGCAGCAUGGCACGUGGUGGUGCAGCAUGGCACGUGGUGGUGCAGCAUGGCACGUGGUGGUGCAGCAUGGCACGUGGUGGUGCAGCAUGGCACGUGGUGGAGCAGCAUGGCACGUGGUGGUGCAGCAUGGCACGUGGUGGAGCAGCAUGGCACGUGGUGGAGCAGCAUGGCACGUGGUGGUGCAGCAUGGCACGUGGUGGUGCAGCAUGGCACGUGGUGGUGCAGCAUGGCACGUGGUGGUGCAGCAUGGCACGUGGUGGUGCAGCAUGGCACGUGGUGGAGCAGCAUGGCACGUGGUGGAGCAGCAUGGCACGUGGUGGUGCAGCAUGGCACGUGGUGGAGCAGCAUGGCACGUGGUGGAGCAGCAUGGCACGUGGUGGUGCAGCAUGGCACGUGGUGGUGCAGCAUGGCACGUGGUGGUGCAGCAUGGCACGUGGUGGUGCAGCAUGGCACGUGGUGGAGCAGCAUGGCACGUGGUGGUGCAGCAUGGCACGUGGUGGUGCAGCAUGGCACGUGGUGGUGCAGCAUGGCACGUGGUGGUGCAGCAUGGCACGUGGUGGUGCAGCAUGGCACGUGGUGGUGCAGCAUGGCACGUGGUGGUGCAGCAUGGCACGUGGUGGUGCAGCAUGGCACGUGGUGGUGCAGCAUGGCACGUGGUGGAGCAGCAUGGCACGUGGUGGAGCAGCAUGGCACGUGGUGGUGCAGCAUGGCACGUGGUGGAGCAGCAUGGCACGUGGUGGAGCAGCAUGGCACGUGGUGGGCAGCAUGGCACGUGGUGGUGCAGCAUGGCACGUGGUGGUGCAGCAUGGCACGUGGUGGUGCAGCAUGGCACGUGGUGGUGCAGCAUGGCACGUGGUGGAGCAGCAUGGCACGUGGUGGUGCAGCAUGGCACGUGGUGGUGCAGCAUGGCACGUGGUGGUGCAGCAUGGCACGUGGUGGUGCAGCAUGGCACGUGGUGGUGCAGCAUGGCACGUGGUGGUGCAGCAUGGCACGUGGUGGUGCAGCAUGGCACGUGGUGGUGCAGCAUGGCACGUGGUGGUGCAGCAUGGCACGUGGUGGUGCAGCAUGGCACGUGGUGGUGCAGCAUGGCACGUGGUGGAGCAGCAUGGCACGUGGUGGUGCAGCAUGGCACGUGGUGGUGCAGCAUGGCACGUGGUGGUGCAGCAUGGCACGUGGUGGUGCAGCAUGGCACGUGGUGGUGCAGCAUGGCACGUGGUGGUGCAGCAUGGCACGUGGUGGAGCAGCAUGGCACGUGGUGGUGCAGCAUGGCACGUGGUGGAGCAGCAUGGCACGUGGUGGAGCAGCAUGGCACGUGGUGGUGCAGCAUGGCACGUGGUGGAGCAGCAUGGCACGUGGUGGAGCAGCAUGGCACGUGGUGGUGCAGCAUGGCACGUGGUGGUGCAGCAUGGCACGUGGUGGUGCAGCAGCACACGACGCCCGUGGCAAGGCUGGACCUCACCUCUCACCGCCACCACGCCAUGGCCUAAAUUUGUUGCCGUCAGCAGAGGCGUGGCGGCAGGCACUCUUCCCGGCACCUACAGGGACGUACCCUCGUUCACCACAACACACCCGCCUUAA